AUGGAAAACUCGGAGUCCGAGUCAUACCACCCGUUCCAGAACUCGCACAACGGGUCCAUCGACUACUCGUCACUCGUGUCGUAUACCAUCUCUCCCUCAUUGAAGAGAAAGAGAAGAAAAGCCAAGUCGCUCAGCGAGGUGGGAGGCUUGGACCCCAGCUUGGGCAAGGGAGGCUCGUUCUCGUGCCAGGUAUGCCACAAGGUGUUCCAGAAACAGUAUAACUUGAAAUCGCAUAUGAAGAUCCACUUCUCCGAGAAACCUUACCAGUGUUCGAAAUGUCCCAAGAGAUUCGCUAGAUCGCACGAUAAGAAGAGACACGAGCUCCUCCACGAGGGAGUGAAGAAUUUCAAAUGCGAGGGCUACUUGAAGGACGGGGUCACCAAAUGGGGUUGUGGCAAGAAGUUCGCCAGAUCCGAUGCUUUAUCGCGCCAUUUCAGAACAGAAACUGGCUGGCUUUGCAUCCGCCCAUUGAUGGAAGAGUCCAAGCACUUGGAGGCCAAAGAUGGUAGCUUGAUCCAGCAUUCGCAUCUUCUUCAGCCAUCGCAGCCCCAGUCUGACAUCAACCAGGCCAACGGCUCCACAGUUGAAGGUGACAAAAUUGUCAACGGUGAUGGGUCCUACAUAUAUAAUUCGUCUUUGAUCAGGCGAUUGAUUCAAAGCAAGUGA